AAAAGAUAUUGUAUAUAAAAACUCAUCCACUCCUUACAACCAGCUGCUUGUUUUCUUUUCACACCAAGUCUAUUGUUCCCCCAAUGGCCAGCUUCCCUUAUGAAGAUUCAAACCCUAACCCUAAUAAUCUUAACCCUAACCCUAAUCAUUAUUAUACUCCUUUUCCUCCGAUUCUCGAUCCCGCUUCUUUCUUCGAUUUUGAGCUCUCCGAUUUCCUUUUGUUUGACGAUAACAACAACAACAAUAAUAAUAAUAUCGUCGACCAAGCUGCAUCGUCCUCGCCAAGUAUGACUUCGUCGGAGAAGAUCACUGGUGGAGGAGGAGUCGAUAGUAGUGGCAGCUCUACUGUAAUCGAUACCGGAUCUAGCAUAGUAGUUUCAUCGGGAGCGUCAACGACAUCUAUAAGAAGCAAAAAUGGGGAGAAGAAAAGGAAAGGGGAAAUGGGAUGUAGAGUUGCAUUUAGAACCAAAUCAGAGCAAGAAAUUAUGGAUGAUGGCUACAAGUGGAGGAAGUAUGGGAAAAAAUCUGUGAAGAAUAGUCCUAAUCCCAGAAAUUACUAUAAAUGUUCAAGUGAAGGAUGCAAUGUGAAGAAGAAGGUGGAAAGAGACAGAGAGGAUGCAAACUAUGUGAUUACUACUUAUGAGGGAAUUCACAACCAUGAAAGCCCCUUUGUUGUGUAUUACAAUCAAUUGCCAUCCUUUACAACCUCUGCACCCACCUAGCAAACCCUAUUUUCUGAAACUUAUAGUCGUUGGAUUAGGUUUAGAUUGACUUUCUAAGUGUUUAAAAAUAUCAUUUUUUUAAUCAUUUAGUGGGUUGAUCCGAGCAUACCCUAAAGUAUAAUACGUCCAUUUUUAUUUCCAUGUAUAGGAUCAAUUUUGUAUUUUGUAUAAAAUCUACAUAGAUAAAUAUAUAGAUGCGGAAGCUUUUUGAAAUAA